UAUUAUUACAAACAUUGUAAACUACCUAUUUACGCGACGCGGCGCCGUCAGGACCUGAAAACAUGGGAUCGAAGAAGCAUCGUAGGAGCCGAUCGCGGUCCCGUUCUCGAGAAAAAUCUCGUAGACAUGUCCGUUCGCGCUCGCCCGAGGACAGACACGGACGGAACCGCUCUCCCGUAAAAGAUUCUCGCAGACGGGGGCGGUCGGACAGCGGCGGUUCCAGGAGCAGCGGAGGUUCCGCAGGCCCAAGACGACACCGAGGGAGAGAGUCCGGCCACUCCAGCGACUCCGACCGCGAUCACAGAGACAGAAGAGCACGAUCACACGGAAGAUCAAAAGACAGAGACAGCUCUUCAGGUGAUAAUCAGAAGAAACAUAAGAUGAAGAAGAAACACAAGGAUGAAAAGAGCAGCAGGAGGAGGAGGAGUAGAAGCACCUCACGUUCCAGCUCAGAUUCCAGCGUGGAGCGAAACAGAGCAAGAGAUGACAGGAGCAGCGAGAGAGAGAGGAGACGACGACAGAGCAGGAGCUCCAGCUGGGAGAGACGAAGAGAGGUAGACCGAGAGGAGAGGAGGAGAGAUAGCAAAGAGAGGGAUCGAGACAGACGUAGACGCUCUGAAUCCAGAUCCUCGGUUUCCUCGAGCUCCUCCGCCGACUCUGAUCAGCGAGACAAGACGACACAGGGAUCGUCCUCCGCUAAAGAAGACAAGAAGAAACAGAAAGACAUGAUGAAGGCGCUGGAGACACCAGAGGAGAAGCGAGCCAGACGUCUGGCCAAGAAAGAGGCCAAAGAGAGGAAGAAGAGGGAGAAGAUGGGCUGGAGUGAGGAGUACAUGGGCUACACCAAUGCAGACAACCCGUUUGGAGAUAACAACUUGCUCGGCAGCUUUAAAUGGCAGAAGGCUCUGGAGAAGAAAGGCAUCGGGCACUUGUCAGAAAAAAAUCUGAAGGAGAGAAAUAAACAUAUCCAGCAGGAAAACCGCAGGGAACUACAAAAGGUGAAGCAGCUGCGUCUGGAGCGAGAGCGGGAGAAAUCCAUGCGCGAACAGGAACUGGAGAUGCUGCAGAGAGAGAAAGAGGCCGAACAUUUCAAAACGUGGGCGGAACAGGAGGACAACUUUCACCUGCAUCAGGCCAAACUGAGGUCUAAGAUCCGUAUCCGUGACGGGCGAGCAAAACCCAUCGACCUGCUGGCUAAAUACAUUAGCGCUGAAGAUGAUGAUCUGUCAGUGGAGAUGCACGAACCGUACACCUUCCUCAACGGACUCACCGUCACAGACAUGGACGACCUGCUGGAAGACAUCAAGGUGUACAUGGAGCUGGAACAGGGCAAAAAUGUGGAUUUCUGGAGGGACAUGACCACCAUUACUGAAGACGAGAUCAGCAAACUGCGCAAACUAGAGGCGUCAGGCAAAGGACCAGGUGACCGUCGUGAGGGCAUAAACACAUCCGUCAGCACAGACGUGCAGAGCGUGUUUAAAGGGAAGACGUACAGUCAGCUUCAGGCUCUUUAUAUGAACAUUGAGAACAAAAUCCAAGCCGGAGGCUCCAACCUGGACAUCGGCUACUGGGAGAGUCUCCUGCAGCAGGUGCGGGUCUACAUGGCACGAGCCAGGCUGAGAGAACGGCAUCAGGACGUCCUGCGGCAGAAGCUAUAUAAACUGAAGCAGGAACAGGGUGUGGAGAGUGAACCGCUUUUCCCUAUCAUCAAAGAAGAGCCGGAGAAUGAACGGCCCAUAAGCCCUACAGCGGCGGAAUCUGCAGAUGAGGAGGCGGGCAGCUCUCAGCAAAAUGACAAUAGAGACAGACGGACCAAGAGGCUGGAUGGAGAAGAGGGUGAGCGGUCUGGAAGAAGCAGUCCUGCGGAGAAGAAGGGAGGAGAGGGAGAAGGAGGGGAGGAGGAGGAGGAGGAGGGAGAGAAAGAUGAAGCACCGGAGGCCGUGUUAACAGAGGAGGAUUUGAUCCAGCAGAGUCAGGCGGAGUAUGACUCCGGCCGCUACAGUCCCACACUCCUGCAGCCCUCAGAGCUACCGCUGGACACGCACAUCAUCAAUGUGGAGGAGGACCUGCAGAGACUUCUGCUGGCCCGGAGACAGCUGCAGGUGACCGGGGAUGCAAAUGAAAGCGCCGAGGAUGCAUUCGUGCGUCGCGCUAAAGAAGGCAUGGGCGGCGACGAGGCCCAGUUCAGCGUUGAAAUGCCUUUGACUGGAAAAAUGUACCUGUGGGCUGACAAAUACCGUCCACGUAAGCCUCGCUUCUUCAACCGUGUCCACACCGGCUUCGAAUGGAACAAAUACAACCAGACGCAUUACGACUUCGACAACCCGCCACCCAAGAUCGUCCAGGGCUACAAGUUCAACAUCUUCUACCCCGAUCUUAUCGAUAAGCGCUCGACUCCGCAGUACUUCCUUGAGCCCUGUCCCGAUAACAAAGACUUUGGGAUUUUGCGCUUCCAUGCCGGACCACCAUACGAAGACAUUGCGUUUAAGAUCGUGAACCGUGAAUGGGAAUAUUCCCAUCGGCAUGGUUUCCGCUGCCAAUUCGCCAAUGGAAUCUUCCAGCUGUGGUUCCACUUUAAGCGAUACCGCUAUAGACGAUAAAGAGGAUGAGGUUACGUUGUAUUAGCAAGGUUUUGAUUAUUGGGAACAUUAAAUAUUCAUCUUCAAGUGCUGUAAAAUUGGUGUAAAUCUAGAAAAAGUAGUGCAAACUGUUGCAUCUCCCGUUAGUGGAAGAACAGGUUUUCAACAGAAUAGACCGAAUAUGUGAACAUGACCUUGUUGAAAAUCUUGUUUUGUACAUUUUCUGGUUUGCAGGCACUUAGCUUGCAUUUGAUUCCUUUUUUUAAACAGUGUUUGUUGGUUGAGCUUGAAAAAUACUAUUCUUGUACUAUUUGUUUUUGAGAUAAUACAUUAAAAAUUGUUUAUAGUCA